CAUUUUGCCAGUAUGGAAGUGGCUAAGGAAGAACCAGAACCACCAGUGUUGUCCGAUAAAGAUGGCACAAACAGGGUUUCAACUCAAAAGGAUGAGAAGACAAGUGGUGAGAAAAAAGCCAUGGAGGAGGAAUGCAAAACACGAAAAGAGCAAGAAAAACAAAGUCAAAAGAGAAUGAUCAAAUUGCAGCGUGAUCUGACAGCUUUUGUGACCAAUAUCCAAACUGCAGCCGACGCCAGAGUGGUGCAGAAAAGGACGGAGCUGAAUAAAGCAAAGGAAAUCAGAGCAGAGCUUCUGGAGAAUGAUGUAAAAUCAAGUCAGGAAAAAUUUGACGAGUUUGCAAGCAGAUGCUCGAUACUUAGUCAGAAGGUGACUCAUCCAGAACUGCAGGAAGCCUUAAACAAACAGCAGCAGCUUUGUGCUGUUGUCAUACAAGAGAAGAAAAAGCUCAUAAAUGAGCUGCAGCUGGAACUUAAGUUGGGAGACGAUCGCUACGUGAAAGACUUGAGGAGGAAUGCAAAGGAGAUAGACCUAAUGAUUGAGAGGAUGGGGGACCAAAUUAAAAUCUUCACACAAGCGUAUAGGGAGGAGUUGGCCCAAAUCGAGAGAGUUCAUCAGCAGGAACUGGAUUUUUUGCUUUCAGAGGACACGAACAAACGGGAGCAAGACUUUAAGGAACUGUGCGAGAAAGAACUCAAGAUACUCACAGAGAGGAGAAGGAAAGUGGAGGAAUAUGAGGAGAAAAUUCACAGGCUGAGGAGGCAUGUUCACAGCAUCGAAACCUUGAAGCUGGAAAAUAUAGCUAAGACGCAGGACCUGGUGAGAAAGAAUCAGAAUAUCAAGCAAGCCAUUGUUCUUGAGAAAGUGAAACACCAAGUCCAAAAAGCUGAGAUAGAAGAUUUUAAGCUCUCAUUGAUCGAAAUGAAACGCAGGAGCUUCAUCCAAGAAAGCAUUGUACAAAAAUUAAAAAGCACAUACAUGAAAGAACAGCAGGCGCUGACAACGCUGAGUCAUAAUUUGUCUGAAGACUACAAACGUCAGAUCCAAAAAUAUGAACUCAUAAACAUGCAAAUCAAGCACUUUGCAAUUGCUGAUGCCAGAAAGUUUAAGGAGAUGUGGUCAAUGAUUGAUGCAGAUGUAAAGCAGCUAGCAGAGAGAGCUUUGCUCAUUGACUCUGUGAUCUGCAAACGGCUCCUUGGUUUAUCCUGGGAGCAGCCUCAUACAGCUGUUUUGGACCUCUCCAGUCCCAGCCAGCCUCAAGAACUGGUGGGGAACAGUGACUGUGGUCCAGAGACAGAGGAAGAGAAUGUGUUUAGGGAGACACAGAAGAAAAUCAAGGAGCUGCUGUGUAAUGAAACGGACUUCCUGAUGGAAACUAAAGUCUUGAAGCUUCUUUCUCCACUGGAGAAUGAGGAACAAACUGAUAUGAAGCUGGUUACCCUCCUUUACUCUUUGGAACUCGAUGACAAAGAUCUGCCUGAGCUGACCCAUUUCAUAUUAAAGUAUGAGCAACAGCAGAGGGAGCAAACUAAGGAUGUCUGUGCUGCGUCCAAUGACUUGGCAGAGGCAGCAGAGACCAGAGCUACAACAAAUUCAGCCUCUGAGCUCGUCCAUCCUAACCAUGUGCUGCCUGCUCUGAAAAGUUUCCUGAAGCACAGAAGGGGGCGCUCAGCCCACCAUGAUUCUUCAGAGAAUGAAGUAUAUUGGGAGAAGCUGGGAAAUGUGAUCUCUGAGGAGAAACUCAGACUGUGGGAUGAAGCAGAAGGAAAACUAAAGCAGUACCAUGCUGUGCUGACAGAGAUUUCUGAUCUCACUCUGGAGACAAACAAUCUGAAGCAGAAAAACGCAGAGCUGAGGAUGCAGCUGCAGCAGCGUCUCACCUCCACAGUUGACUGAAGACAUAAAAGAUGGACUUGAAA